UAUACUCCGAAUGCAUCUUUCUGUACUUUCGCUGGCGACAUUCGAUGGAUUCUAACUGUUUCAUACUUUAGUACGUCAAAAACUACUGCUCGAAUCGCACGUGUGGCUGUCUGCCUUGCGCCGUUGUCUCAUCGCGAAAAUAGUACUUAAAAAAAGUAAACAAAACAACAGAUGUUUUUCCUGCGUUCCUUUUUUAAAUUUGACAUUUUAGAGGAAAAAUAAGAAAUUAGUGAUGUGACACGGUUACAGUUGGUUUGUCGAUAACCAGUGACUUUCUUUUCGUGUUGAUUGAUAUUUGUGUACGGAUUUGCGAUUUUGUGGACAUGUUCCAAUACGAGUAUGAAAAGCGGCCCCCGUCGGCGGGGUCCUGCGACAGUCGAGCGACGAUGACGACCGACUGGAGCCGAGUUUAUCCGAACUCUAGCCGAGCGCAGCCGAACGUUGCCCGAACUUACCCGACGCCAGCGAGUAUCGAGCGCGCGCGCCGCCCUUUGCCGCCGAGACCGAUUGUGUGUGAAACGUUACCUACGAAAACCACUGUGCCGUUGAAGGUGUGGGUCAUCGCAAGCGCAUCUUGCUUCGCCGUCUGCGCAGCCCUAGUGCUCGCCACAGUUGUCAUUACCAAGUGGGGCACCUCCGACAACUACGCCAGGAGGGAACUCUAUGAAGUACCGGAACCAGUUUACUCACCGCCGUUUCCACCAACGAAGACACAGAAGCCUUCUACACCCACCACCACCGAACCAGACGCGUCUACAAGCUCAGACGAACUAGUUAACGACAUAAAAUUCCCCAUACUAGAAAAAUUAUCAAUCUUCAAGAACAUAGUCGCAAAUCGCGACAAGAAAAGAACUGAGAAUAAAAAACAGGAUUCAAAUCUGAACCUUGUGUCAAAACCGCAGCUGCAUCCUGUCCACGACACCUCAAUACAACACGAAGAAAGAAAAAUCGAGAAGAAGGACCAAGCAGUUUACCCUAUUAACUUGAAUGCAGAAGAAUCAAAAGCAGUUAACAACAAACUUGUAAUACCAACGUUCAAACCUACUUUACCAGAAAUGGUUUUGAAUAGAAAGGACAUCAAAAUAAUAGACAUUACUGGCUAUAAAAAAGUGGGGUUAGAAUAUGAUGAUUAUUACAAUGAUGAGAAUCUUUACGACGAUUACAUGGAAAGCAACACCAUGACAAGUUAUUUAAUAGAAAAGGUACAAGAAUUGCACGAUUGGUUUGUUUCUGAUCCUGAUUUUAACAUGAAUAAUGUUACCAAGAAGGAGAACAGUGGAAAUGACUUCGGACAGCUAUUGACGGCUUUAAACGAGAGCCUAAUUGAGGGUAAUGUUACUAUUAUAAUGAAUAAGCUGAAGGAUAUAUACUUUGGCGAGAAUUAUACUCAUGCUAACCAUACCAGGAAGGUUAUUCUGAGCAACAGUACUGAUUUGUUGUCGUUUGGCAUUUUGACACUUGAUGUAAUGUUGCUGCAUAAUAUACAGCUCAUGGCUUGGGAGAAUCAGGAAUCAGCUCGCACCAAGAUGAUGAAGGACCCCGACGUGUUUGCCUUCAACGCGCUGUUUCUGGAACCGACCAAGGUGGGAGCGAGACAGAACGAGCUGCAACACCUCGACGGCAAUACUGUACCUAAGCGGCCACCUGUCCGGACUGAUGGUGUCGACGAUUUCGACGUGGGCAAGGCAUUGUUAGACAACGUUCUGGAGAUCGGUAUGAGCACCGCACGCGCAGCUAUACACCUCGGCCGAGCUUAUAAGAAUACCAAAGUGGUCCUGAACCAAUUAUCGAACAGAGAAACACUGAAUGCCAACAUUCAAAACCAAAUCUCAAGAAACAUAGACGCAAACACUCACGCGUUACAACAUCUCCAGAAUUCGUUUAGCAACAGCAGUGCUGCCAACACGACGGUGUUCUAUACCGAGUUGGAUUGCGUUUGGUUGUUGUACUGUAAGAAUUUGAUGGCUACAUCUAAAUUGAAUCCGCCGUACGGGACCAUGGCUAGAAUUAAUGGAAUGGCUCUACGCAUGUUGACGGGAGAGUUGUCAGCUGACCGGGCGUUGGACACCAUGCUCUACGAAGCACUGACGGGCUGGACCGACCUUCGGUGCGCCGAUAUGUUCCCCAGAUGCAGCAAAGUAGACGCGGCCACCGUGGUAAUGGAGUCAAUUUUAACACCAGUCAGAAAAUCACAGUCCUCGACUAGAGUGUAAUGUAGCUAAAAACUGAAAAAAAGUUGCUAUUUUUUUACAAAAAUAAACUGUAAAUAAUCACAAAUCGCAAACCUCCUAAGCACAGAUGAGUACUGUAAAACAAAAAUGUUGUAAUUUUUUCUACUAAAACAGUAGGAGAUUUUUUGAACUGGCAACACCAAUCGUUUUUAUUUGGUGGAUUGGAUACUGGCCUUUUUGGAAAAAGGAUAAAAUGUUUCUUUUACGAAAUAAAUAUCAACUAUGGUGGCUAUUAUUAUUCUAGCCAUAAUUAGGUAAAAACUAGAUAUAUCUCGUUCUUGCAUUAAGCUUAAGUGAAGGAUAUCAUUAGGCUUACAACUUAUUCUAAGAUGUUUACUCAAAGGCUGAAGCCCUCAGCUGAGCAUUUAAGUAUACUAAGUUGACAGUUACGUCCUCGACUUGAGGACUUUACUCACUGGAGUCGAGCAUGUCGUACUGCCAACAUAAUCACCAUCACCAGCCCAUUAACGUCCCCACUGCUGGGGCACGGGCCUUCCCUAUGGAUAGGGAGAUCGGGCCUUAAACCAUCACGCGGGCCCAGCGCGGAUUGAUGGUUAUUAACGACUGCUAAUGCAGCCGGGACCAACGGCUUAACGUGCCUUCCGAAGCACGGAGGAGCUCGAGAUGAUUUUUUUUGUGGUCACCCAUCCUAUGACCGGCCUUUGCGAAAGUUGCUUAACUUCAACAAUCGCAGACCGAACGCGUUAACCGCUGCGCCACCGAGCUCCUCACUGCCAACAUAAUAAUACGAAAGUAAUGACGUCAUGACUUACUGGAGUAAAACUCGAGGUAAAGUUGAGGCACCGUCUAAGAAUACCGAUUUUGAGCUGAGUUCGAGGAAGACCUUGAGGUCGCCUCAACUGGGGACGGAGUCGACGAAAGUUUGAGUUAAAUAUCCUAGUUUACGGAUUUAUCUUGUCGAUAUAAAAACUGUUGUUAGUACAUUAUAGACU